CAACCUCGUUCUCGCUGUCGCGGCAAUUAAGACGCUGUAGCGUGGGAUAAGCAGUAUACUAGGGGAAACGUUCAGUUUGAUAGCUGUAAGAGUCUAACAUGUCCGAGCAAUCGGAGGCCAGCGGCCUCACCGAUGAGGCAGUCUUUAGUGCCUGUACUGAUCCUCAUCCCAGCACCAAGGAUUUUCUGUUGCAACAGACUAUGCUAAGAGUAAAAGAUCCUAAAAAGUCCCUGGAUUUUUAUACUAGGGUUCUUGGAAUGAUCCUACUCAAGAAGUGUGACUUCCCUACUAUGAAAUUCUCCCUCUACUUCCUGGCUUAUGAAGAUAAAAAUGAUAUUCCAAAAGAUGAAAAAGAGAGAAUUUCAUGGACUCUUUCUAGAAAGGGUGUCUUAGAGUUGACCCACAACUGGGGCACUGAAAAUGAUGAGAAUCAGACUUACCACAAUGGCAAUUCAGACCCCCGAGGAUUUGGUCAUAUUGGAAUUGCUGUUCCUGAUGUAAACGAAGCUUGUAAAAGAUUUGAGGAACUGGGAGUGAAAUUUGUCAAAAAACCAGACGAAGGUAAAAUGAAAGGACUUGCUUUUAUUCAGGAUCCUGAUGGCUACUGGAUUGAAAUACUGAAUCCGAAUCAUAUGGCAACUAUAAUCCAAGUUUGAAAUACUGCCUAGUGAUCUUGUCAUCAAGAGACUGAAAAUAAAGUCCUCCUGAUUUAAAUGAAGCAAGUCUAUAUAGUCAUUCUCCAAACUAUAGGAGAUUGGGAUUGAAUAGCAGUCAGCCUCAUUUUUGCAUGUACUCCCUUUCUCCACACUGCUUUGUGUACAAGGGUAGGAGAUUAGAAGCUUCCAUUUGUAGCUUGUGGCAAGCCAUAAUAGGGCGUUUUGCCUGAAUGCAGCAAACUAUAGUUUGUCAACCACAAACUAAUAGGUAAGCUUCUAAACUCUUCUCUUAAUGCAUGGAGAAAUGGAAGAAGGAAGAGCAUGAAUCUGAGGCUUACUGGUGCUUAUUCUCAUUAGAAAAAAUCAUGACUUGUGCUAACCAUGAUUAAGAACCCAUACCAUGGUUUGGCCUUCCAAGUAUACAGCAGCCACAUAAUGGUUUAAAGCUGCUGGUCUCUGAUCUGCACAGUGUUCCAAAAGUUCUCUCUUGCCUGCAUACUGCAUCUAAAGGUGGCACAAUAGUCAUAAUUGUUGUUUAUUAAUAAUUUGUGAAUUCAGAUGCAAUGGCAAACCAAAUUUAUGCAAACCAUGGUUGAUCUCUAUUCAUGUUCCCCCAAUCACUGCCAACCUAACUCCUCCCCUUCUCAAUAUAAUCCCCCAAACAAAAAGAUCAUGAAUUAUGCAAUACACACUUUCCCAAAUAGCCCUAACUAAAUUGUCUGACUGAACUGGUGCAUUGUUAGUGGUACUUUUAAUAUUAUUUUGGGAUUAACCUGCCUUCAGUGCAUUGUGGCAUCAAAUAAAAAAUACAUAUUUUCAAGCUAAAA